GCAAUGUCAACUGAUAUCUUUGAGUGUCUCUCAGGGGCUACCUUGCGGAGUCGUCUGGUCCGGCUUACAUCAGUGCUAACUGAGCGGCAGCGCACUAACAAUUAUCUAGCCGCCCGGCUAGCUCAAUCGGUAGAGCGUGAGACUCUUAUGGAGUACUCCGAAAUCUCAAGGUUGUGGGUUCGACCCCCACGUCGGGCUCAAUUCCCGUCAAUGACGAUCUUUUUUCUGUUUUUCCACUCUGUAUCCUCCGUCCUCUUUUUGGGGUUGUUCCAUCUUGGAGAUACUUAAACACCCCCUGAACCAUCCAUCAAAGCACCAAGAUGUCUCGUCCACCACCACGUCCCUCCAAACCAUCACAAUGUUUUUCCACACGCUCACCACCACCCUCCUCCUCCUCCUUCCCCGUCUAGCCCUCUCCCAAGCAACCCUCACCAACCCCGUCAUCUGGCAAGACCACCCCGACCUCGACGUCUUCCGCAUCGGCCACACAUUCUACUACUCCUCCUCCACCUUUGCGUACUCCCCCGGCGCCCCCCUGCUCCGCUCCUUUGACCUCGCCAACUGGGAAGCAGUCACCCACUCAGUCCCCUACCUCAACUUUUCCCCCGCCAACGCCUACAAUUUGACCUCGGGCUCAAGAGCCUACGUAAAAGGCAUCUGGGCCAGCACCCUCCGCUAUCGCCCCUCAACCGACACCUUCUACUGGCUCGGCUGCAUCGACGGAUCCAAAACCCACAUCUGGACCAGCCCGGGCGGCAACGCGCGCCAAAACGGGGGGGAGGUCCCCCCCCAAGCAUGGAACUGGUCCCCCCGGCCGGUGAUUAGCAACUGCUACUACGACGCGGGGUUGUUUUUUGACGACAAUGAUGACUCACAAGUUUACGUCGUUUAUGGAAACACCCAGAUUAGGAUGGCGCAGUUAGUGGUGGACCAGAAUGGAGAUUUGAAAGAGGUGAGGAAUCAGGUUGUUUAUACUAGUGGUGAUAUGACGCUGGAAGGGGCGAGGUUGUAUAAGCGGAACGGGGAGUACUAUGUUUGGGUUACCAGACCGGCGGAUGCGCAGUUUGUACUUAGGGGGAAGAGUUUGUGGGGGCCGUUCGAGAGACGGGUGUUGGUUGAUAGGAUUGGGGGGCCUUUGUCGAGUGCGGGGUUUGCGCAUCAGGGGGGGAUUGUGGAUACGGAGGAUGGGAGGUGGUUUUAUUUGGGGUUUUUGGAUGCUUAUCCCGGAGGGAGGAUACCUGUUGCCGCGCCGUUGACGUGGGGGGGUGAUGGGUGGCCGAGCGUGGUUAGGGAUGGGGGGAAUGGAUGGGGGAGGACGUAUCCUUUGCCUGUGAACACGACUAGAAAGGUGAAUGUGUUGGGGCCGAGGGUUGAUGAGUUUAAGGGGGGGAAGUUGGGGCCGGAGUGGGAAUGGAAUCAUAAUCCUGAUAAUGGGAAGUGGUUGUUGAGUGAUGGGCUGGUUUUGAAGACGGCGACGGUGACGGGGGAUUUGUUUGCCGCGAGGAACACGCUUACACAUCGGAUUGUUGGGCCGAAGUCGAGAGGUACUUUUAGGAUUGAUGUUGGAGCUAUGAGGGAUGGCGAUCGAGCUGGCGCUGUGCUCUUCCGGGACAAGGCUGCCUACAUUGGCAUUCACAAGACCGGAAACACUGCGUCGAUCGUCAUGGUUGACAACUUGAACUUGGUUGAGGGUUCAUGGACAACAAGUUCUACCGGUCGAGUGGCGGCGACUGGGCCGUCUGUCACCGGAGAGAUCUGGCUCCGAAUUCAAGCCGAUAUCACGCCCGCCUUCGGGACGAACACUGGACGACAAGUCAUCUUCUCUUACAGCACCGAUGGCAGGACUUUCACGAAUCUUGGACCCGCCUUCGCCAUGAGCAACUCCUGGCGAUACUUUACUGGGUAUAGAUAUGGCGUUUUCAACUUUGCGACCAAGGCACUGGGAGGCGAGGUGAAGGUCAAGAGUUUUGCGAUGGAGAUGGUGUAA